CUCAUUCAACGUGACCAGAGCUAGAGGUGGGCACCAGCACUGAGGGGCUGCUGGACCGAUGGCUCUGCCCUGUGCACUAGGGCUUGGGACACUGCUGGCCCUGCCAGGGGCCCUGGGCUCUGGUGGUGGUGUGGAGGACAGCGUGGGCUCCAGCUCCAUCACGGUUGUCCUGUUGCUGCUGCUGCUGUUGCUGCUGGCCACAGGCCUGGCACUGGCCUGGCGCCGUCUCAGCCGCGACUCAGGGGGCUACUAUCACCCAGCCCGCCUGGGCGCUGCGUUGUGGGGCCGCACCUGCCGCCUGCUCUGGGCUAGCCCCCCAGGCCGCUGGCUUCGGGCCCGAACAGAGCUGGGGCCACCAGAUGAUGACCCAGAGCCACAGGAGGAUGAGCAGGAUAUGGACGACGACUACAUCUCAGAUGGCGGCCUGCAGGCUGAGCCACAAGAAGGCCAGCAGCUGUGUGGAGAGGCACCCGGCCCAGAGCAGGUCUCAGUGCAGGCUGAGGAAGCACCUGACAGUGACAUGGAGGCAGGCAUGGAUCUCAGCUCCCCAGGGCGGGCAGGCUCAGGGGGCAGUGCUGAGGCCCUUCUGAGUGACCUGCAUGCCUUUUCUGGCAGUGCAGCCUGGGACGACAGCACCGGGGCAGCAGGGGGCCAGAGCCUCCAUGUCACCGCACUAUAGGGGCCAGUCUUGGUGUCUGAUCUGGGUCACAGCCAUUCACAGUCCCUCUGCUUCCCAAGCUACCAUGGCUGGCCACAGCUUCCACCCGACAUGGCAUUUCCCAGACUGUCAUUUCUCACCAGUCCCCAAAUCUGUGCAUCCCACCCCCUUCUAGGAAGGCCUCCCAUCCUCACAGUCACUGAACAGUCAUUUGAAAUAAAGCCCUCCAGCCCUGUGGUC